AUUAUGCAUAUAGCGAGUUUUGAGUCUUCAAAACUAUCCGUUGCUUGCCUUCUUUGCCACUACUUCCUCCAAUCGAUGGUAGCUGGAUUGAUUUUAUGCCACUUUUCGCUUAAUUUCCGAAUUCCAAUACCUUGCAAAAGCAGUAAAGCGCGCCGCAAUGCGUUAAAAGCGUGAGUUUUUUCAUUUUGGUUGUAGAUUCCGUAGUAGCGAUGACAGAGGCUUUAUUCCCAGCUAAGCUAUGCGCCGCCGCCCACGGUCGGCUAAACCCUUUCAAGCCUCUCAUCUUUCGCCACCCUCGUGGUUCACUUACAACUCGAGAAUGCUUUUGAAAGUAACUUCACCACAGAGAAAAGCCACAAUUUAUAAAUAUAAACAAUCUGUAUAAAGAAAAGAAAAGAAAAUGUACGGCCGUCGAUGACAAAGAUUCUCUGUAUAAAGAAGCCGACAACAAACAAUGAAGGCAACCCAAUAAAUUUGAGGGUAUCAAUUCCAAGAUUACAGGCGUAUAAAUGUAGUCAUACAGCCUUUCCUCUCUUCAAAUUUGAUCACUUAUCUUGUAGUUUCAAUGGAGUGGAAAAGGGGUCCCUUAAUUGGCCGGGGCUCCUCCGCCGUGGUGUCUAUCGCCAGCACGGCUUCCGGCAAGCUUUUCGCUGUGAAGUCAACUGAUCUUUCUUGUUCUAGCUUGCUGCAGAAGGAGAAAUAUUUGAUUUCUAUGCUUAGUUCUCCUUAUGUAGUUAAGUGUUUGGGUUCUGAUGUUACGUGUGAGAAUCAAAGGCCUGUAUAUAAUCUGUUCUUUGAGUAUGUAUCCGGUGGCACACUUUCUGAUCAGAUUAUAAAGCAGGGAGGUUCUUUGGGUGAGUCCUUGAUUCAAUUUUACACUCAUCAGAUGCUUGAAGGAUUGAAUUAUCUUCACGUGAAUGGAUUGGUGCACUGUGACAUCAAGGGUCAGAAUAUUUUGAUUGGCAAAGAUGGUGUCAAGAUUGCUGAUUUUGGCUGUGCCAAAUUGAUGCAAGAAGGUGGUGGUUCUUCAAAGUCAGCAUUUUCCGGUACUCCGGCGUAUAUGGCGCCAGAGGUAGCUCGUGGCGAAGAGCAAGGAUUUCCGGCCGAUAUUUGGGCUCUUGGGUGCACAAUUAUUGAAAUGGCAACUGGAUUACAUCCAUGGCAAGAAAUGGAGGACCCUGUUUCUGCUCUUUACAGAAUUGGAUAUUCCGGUAAGGCACCGGAAAAUCCAAGCUGGUUGUCUGAUAAUGCUAAAGAAUUGCUCACCAUGUGUUUCAUGAAAGAUCCAAAUGAUCGGUGGACGGCCGCGCAGCUUCUAAAGCACCCCUUUUUCCACACCAUGGAGGAGAAUUUUGAAUUCACCAGAAAAACUCCUACUAGUGUGAUGGAUCAACGCUUUUGGGAUUCAUUGGAAUCGACCGAUUCUUCCCCAAACGCGACCCACAUAUUUUCGUCUUCGAAUUCUCCGGCCGACAGGAUCCGGCAUUUGAUUACAUAUGGAAAUUCAAGUUUACCAGAUUGGGCAGGAGGAGGAGACUGGUUGACAGUCAGGUGCAGCCAAAUUGAAGAAAUUUCAAAUCCUACAUUUUCUAGCUCAAUCGAAGAAGAUAUUCAAACAUCAAUUCUCAUUGAGGAUUCAUCAUUUGAUUGUUUCAGUGAUUAUAUUAGGAUUAUUGAAAAUAUUCUUAGUAUUAAGACAUUCUUAGUAACAAGUGAGGAGAAUGUCAAAGAUGUUUCUGCAUCAACAAUUAUUUAUUUUCUAAGAAUGUUAAUGGAAUUAGUCUCUCUGAUUCAAAUCACAUUUCUUACAAAUUCUUAUGCUUCAUUUUGUACUAUUUUUCUUGUCCUUCCCACGGAGGCAGUGGAGGGUCAAGACCGAAGGAGACUUGAGUCCGUUGAAGAUUUCCUGAUUUCUUUGUUGCAACCUCAUAUCUUUGAAUGCUUGGGAAAAAGUUUCCAAGACGGUGCAUGUUUCAUAGUCCGCUCUAGUGCAAACGUCGAGGACUUAGCUAUAAUGUUGGCUGCUGGGCUUUAUGAAUUCUGA